AUGUCUGUGAAUAACAAGAAUAAUAAUACAUUCCAACCAACCACCACUCAACAACUACCUCCAAACCAUCCCUACAACAUUAUGAUUAAUAAUUCAUUCAAUAACACCCUUCCUACAGCCUCCUCCAAUAAUAAUAAUGGUGGUGGCAAUAAGUCUUCUCCAACAAUCUCUUCCAACAUUACUCCCACCAUUCCAAUGAUGAAUCAACAUCCAUUCUUUUCCCAAAUAGCCUCUAACACACUACAACCGUCAACUACAUCCCCACAAACCAAUGCUACUGCCACAAGUAGCAAUACCUCUCUUCCUCCUAAUCAAAAUGCUCUUAUGGGUAAUAACUCACUUUACGAACAAUUGUUACUCCAAGAACAAUUAUUUUCAGCCUUCCUUCACAAUUAUUAUCAAUAUCAGAGAAUGAUGAUGGAACAACAAAACCUCCACUCCCUCUACUCUCAACAAGUAAAUGCCCAACAAAUGGUAUCAAAUUCUCCUUCUUCCAUUGGUACGCCACAACAUCAUUCACAACCUCCACUUCUUAUCAAUAGUAAUUCUCCAAGUGCUAGUAAUGCCAAUCCUGCAGGAUUAUUCAAUCCAAAUAUUCAGCCAACGGGAAUGACUUCGGUUGCAAUUCCUGAACCUCUCUAUGAGCUUUAUAUUAGGCCAAUUCUCCAUAAUCUUCAACAAAACCUCUACAAGACAAAUAACGAUCAAAUGGGACUUGUCACAGAUUCUAAUUUUCAACAAGAUAAUAGUGCUGUCUUUUUUGAUGAACAACAUUUGCCACCUGUUGAUACUAUGCUUCUCUAUUCUAACCAUCAACUAGAUGCAGACAAAGAGGAGGAGAAGAACUCUCCACAACCUCACAAAGCUUACGAUCCUAAGAAAAAUAAGAAGGGUCUUAAGAAGAAACGUAAAUAUAUCAAAUCUGGUCUCUUUAAGAAAGAUAGAGAUGGCAACUUUUUAAUUUCAAUUAAUGAUCGUGCCAGACUAGCUCAAUAUGGCUUAAGCAUGCCAAAACCAGAGGGAGACGAGGGAGAAGUGAUUCUCAAUGGAGAAGAUGAACACCAAUUCUAUGAAGAGGAAGAGGAAGAGGAUGAUCAAACACAAACUAAUGAUACAGUUAAUAAUACUCUUCCUCAAGAUCAUAACCUCAUGAACUCAAUCAAUAUUCACGACUUAUUGGGAGGCCAUGAUGCUCAUGGAUUGCUAGAGCCUCAACAUGAACCAAUUAAUACUAAAUUCUCGGAGGAGCAAUCUCAAAUGGGAUUUGAAUGGUAUUUUGCCGAACAAUUCCAAAACUUCCCAAGUGCAAAUGAUUUCUUCCAACAAGAGGAAGAAAAAAGCCAAAUGAGAAUUUUUGUGUGGGCUCAAUGGCAAUUAUUGCAUGAUUCUGAGAAACAACAUUAUAUUGAAUUGGCUCUUGCUUCUCAAAGGGAAAUGCUCCAACAAGUUGUUGCUUCUUCAAGCUAUAGUGGUGGAACACCUAGCGAUUCAAGGAAUUUGCUUUCUGAAAGUGAAUCCAUCAUUGGAGUUGAUGAAACAAAUAUUAACAAUAAGGUUGAGCAACCACUCGUUCCUCCUAAGGAUAAAGAAGAAUCCGAAGAUGAGCAAAUCAAUGAAGAAUCACUCAAAGAGUUGGACAAGAAUGUAACUGCUAACAGAGUGAAGAAACCUCUGAGUGGGUAUAAUAGCUUUGUUAAAAGCGUAUUCCCUUCAUUCCAAGAAAUGUAUCCAAAUAUUGAUAAGAAACAAAUUACCAAGUUAAUCGGGCAAAAAUGGAAAGCAAUGCCAGAAGAUGAGAAACAACCUUAUAUUGAAAUGGCAAGACAGGCUCAGCCAAUUGUAAAGAAACCUCUUAAUGCCUACAAUAUCUAUUGUAAAGAAAAAUAUUCAAUUUUCAAGGAAGAAAAUCCAGAUUUGGCUCCAAACGAAGUUAGUAGAAUGGUUGCUUCAUCAUGGAAGAAAGCCAAGAAGGAAGAAAAACAAAAGUACUAUGAUCUUGCCGAAAAAUGGAAACAAGAAAGUGAAGAAAUGAUUUCUACUGCCGUAGAAAAACAAACCAAACAAAAAACAAAAAAGCGUAAAAUUUAA